AAAAUACGAGGUGAAGUGAAAAUAAUUAUCCAGAAAUAUUAAGCAAUCACAACAUUAAAAUUCAACUAACACCGUCAAACCCAGUGACUCACGAGAAAAUGCAAACAUUCAACAACAGAGGCACAUGAUGCUCCUCGAGUGUCGGAUGCGAGCGCAUACCGUGCGCAGACGCAGCCGCGGCCAAGCGAACCUUGACAGGAUUAACCACACUCUUUAAUAUUAUCAACUUUAAAUACCUACUAUAUUCAAUGCUCUCGUGAAAUUUGUUUCCGAGCACACUUAUCUGAUAUCCCCAGAGUCAUGACGUUCAAAUCAGUAACAAUUCUGUAUUCAACCUUUUUCACAACUGUGCUACUUCUGUGCAUCUAUCGUUAUCCAAGAACAUCACAAAAACAGGGAGAGUUACAUAAACGAGUAGGAGUAAGAUAUAUUCUGCUGUGGACAGAUCCGACAUUCGCUCCUUUGAAAUUUCUACGCCCCGCAUUCGUCUCGUUUACGUCGAACCGCUGUGAAUACACGAACUGCUACGUUUCGUCUAAUGCCAGCGAACUGGGAGGCGAGCUCAACUUCGAUGUGGUCCUUUUCAAUGGUCGGCAUCUCCCUAAAGCACGGAAUUUGCCACGACACAGAUCGCCUAAGCAGAAAUACGUUUAUGUUAAUAUGGAAUCGUCUCCGAACUAUCCCGUUUACGACAUGUUCUUCGACGGUUACUUCAAUUGGACUUGGACUUACAAGCUGAAAUCUGAUUUGCAUUGGGGCUACUUCUCAGUUUACGACACGGCGGGGCAGAUCGUCGGGCCUAAAAUAGAGAUGCAUUGGCAAGAGAUGAGCCCUAUAAGCAACCAGACGAAGGCUCGACUGUUAUCAAAGAGUGUGGCAGCGGCUUGGUUCGUGUCACAUUGUAGCACAUUGAGUAAUAGGGAGGGUUUUGCUAAAAGAUUAGAGAACGAGUUACACCGGCACGGCCUUAAGUUAGACAUCGUCGGGAGGUGCGGCCGUAUGCGUGAAAACGUGUGUACGCGGCGAAUUACAAAAUGUUAUAAGAUACUGGAAAAUAAUUACUACUUCUACUUGUCGUUCGAGAACUCUUAUUCUGAGGACUAUGUGACAGAGAAGGUGCUGACGCCUCUGCAACACUACACGGUGCCGAUCGUGUUCGGAGGAGCCAAUUAUUCCAGGUUCUUGCCCCCAGGGAGUUAUUUGGACGCUCUCGAGUUGGGCGUCAAGCGUCUCGCGGCUCGCAUGGCAGUCAUCAUUGACGACCACAGGACAGGCAACGGCAGCCUGUACUAUGACUUCUUCAGAUGGCGAAACCAUUACCGAUUCAGAGCAUCAUAUCAAACGGAAGGCAUGUGCAACGUAUGUAAACUGCUCAAUGACCCGACAGCACUCUCAGAGACGACUGUUUACACAUAUUUCUCAGAUUGGUGGAUGUCUGAGAGUCCUUCGGACAAAGUGGUGUCCAGAAUUACACGAGAAAAAAUCGCGUAUCGAAUUUUGGCAUUACAAGAAUCAAUUUGAUGUAUUUCCUCGUUUUCGGGCAAUGGCGUAGUCAGGACUCAGGAGUCUAGUCUAGCUACCCAUGCCAUACUAUUCAAUAUACUCUAUGACCCACACAGCCACCACAGACUGACUGCAGACACCGCAUUAGGAAGCCUUUACAAAGAGCGCGUCACACACACAUAACACAGCGCGCAUUGUGAGCGGACUUGUCUAUAUAUGGAUUAAAUGUUAAC